UCGUCCGCCUUUUUCCUUUCCCCUUUAAAAACCUCCAAAAGCAAUUCACUAUUCACUCACUCCCUCACACCUUCAAAAAAACACAAAACAGAAAUCCAAAAAAUGGCGUUUACGGCAACCUCAGAAGCCCAAAAGAUAGCACUCCUAGACCAACACAAAGAGAAACACUUCACCGCCGGAGAAGUUGUUCGUGAUAUUAUAAUUGGCGUUUCCGACGGCCUUACCGUCCCUUUCGCCCUCGCCGCCGGCUUGUCCGGCGCCAAUGCUUCAUCGUCGAUCGUUCUUACCGCUGGAAUUGCUGAGGUGGCUGCCGGCGCCAUCUCUAUGGGCCUUGGCGGGUAUUUGGCGGCGAAGAGUGAGGCGGAUCAUUAUGCAAUGGAGUUGAAGAGAGAACAGGACGAAAUAAUAUCAGUUCCUGAUACAGAGGCUGCUGAGGUUGCGGAGAUAUUGGCACAAUAUGGCAUAGAGCCACAUGAGUAUGCCCCAGUAGUAAACGCUCUUAGGAGGAAGCCUCAAGCUUGGCUCGACUUUAUGAUGAAAUUUGAGCUAGGUUUGGAGAAGCCAGACCCAAGAAGAGCCCUACAAAGUGCAUUCACAAUAGGGAUAGCCUACAUAAUUGGUGGCUUAGUCCCUCUUCUUCCUUACAUGUUCAUACCAGUAGCAAUGAAGGCUAUGCUUGCAUCAGUCGUUGUAACAUUAAUCGCGUUGUUUAUCUUUGGUUACGCGAAAGGUCACUUCACAGGUAGCAAACCGAUUCAGAGUGCUCUUCAAACCGCGCUUAUUGGAGCUCUGGCUUCUGCUGCUGCAUAUGGCAUGGCUAAAGUUGUUCAGGGAUGAUAAUAAUAGUAAUAGCACAUUUUGCAAAUCGAUCUUUUUGGUUUGGUUUCUGUUCUAGUGUUUAGUGUAUGUUUGAUAAUCAGUGUUUGAGUUUUAGUUUCCUUUUUGAUGGAUUAGUAUCUUAAUUAAUUAAAUUCGUUGUUUUUGGA